CCGCGGUUUUCAAAUUGUAACGUUACUGUUUUUAACUAAACGUUAAAAAAUCUUGUAGUGUUUAUGCAUACCAAUAACCAUAACAGUCAAAUUUAUUCAAAUCCUACAUUCACAAAUUAUCUACGAAAUGCAACCUACUUGUUGAUUGACAUAUGGUUACUUUCAUUAUAAAUACUCAAAUAGCAUACGAUUAAUUAUUAGCUUCAGUUGAUUAUUUUCAUCUCGUUAAUUUUUACGAUAAAACUUUGCUUUGGAAAAGAUCUUUAUUUUCAAUGCUUCAUAAUAAAUCUGAAUCAUUUGCACCUUCUGUUGGGAAUGAAUUAACUAGAAAUUUUAAGAAUUUUGGUGAACCUGUGUAUGUAAAUGUAUAUCAUUUGCAUUGGCCUAAUGGUUUAAAAAUGGGUGCUUAUCAUACUGGAACUGUAGUAUACGAUAGAGAAUUCGGUUUUGGUGGACAUCCAUUUGCAAGUAGUGGUAUCUUCCAGACUACACCAAUGGAUAUUGAUAGUUUAGGUGAAGAAAUUUCAUUCAAAGAAAGAUUAUAUAUGGGUCGGACGUAUUUAUCAAAAAAAGCUGUAGAACGUUUACUUGCUAGUUUGGCUGAUGAAUUCCGUGGUGACGCUUACCAUUUACUACAUUUCAAUUGUAAUCAUUUCACUUCACAGUUUGUUGAUAUAUGCGAAAUGAUAUCAUCAAACAGAACUUGACUAGGUUCCAGUUUUACAUAUGUAUUUAUUAGUAGAUACAUAUUGUAUUCUGGCAAACAUUAUUUUCACUGAAUCCCCUGCAAAUUAUGUUUAAUUUUGAAUUUGAUAGAAUUUGGGUUUAUACUAUCCAGCUUCUAUAAUUAAAACUGUUAUGUCACGGUGUUUUACCUAAAUGGAUUAAUCGAUUAGCUCGUAUUGUAUCUGGAUUACCAUUUAUUGAAACUUUUCUACCACCUCACUGGAUUCGACCAAGUUUAAUGUAUGACUGUGAAUUCGAUGAUUUAAGUAAUGAUGAUGAUGAGGAAGAAAGAACAAUAGAAGAUAUAAAUCAGAAUAAUCAAAAUGCACAUUUGGUUAAUGGAAAUAUUAAUAAUAACAAUAAUAAUCAGAUUGUUUGUUACAAAAACGAAGAUGAAGAUCUCUCCAUAACAAAGUCAUUUACUGAGAAACCAUGUUUUCAAUUUGUUCAUUCCACAUCUACGAAUAAUGGUCAUGUUCCGUAUAGAACUACUAAUAAUACAGUGAAUAAUGAUGAAACGUCUACUGACCAUUCGGAUAAUCAUCACCAUGACUCUUCAUUAUUUCAACUAAGGAUGGUUUAGUUUUAAAAAUGAACAACAAAACUUGCCUUUUUUCCUUACAUUUUUGCGCUCAAUCAAUGUAAAAAAACAGUGUUACUGUGUACAGAUUGAUAAUAUAUCUUUUCAAGUCUAUCAAAUGAACAGAAGGAAUGAUUACUUUUCAUUAUUUUUUGAUUAAUUUUACAUGACAAUAUCUUAAAUAUACUGAAUAAGUUCUGUACAUUCCAGUAUGUAUCGUUUUUCUAUGAACUAUGUAUCUUUCAUAUUCAACAGGAUCUGUAGUUUGUGUUGAAAAGAUAAUUCGUUACUUUGAUCUUCAUCAAGUAUCCCCGUUUUUUUCUAUGAUAGUCUUUCAAAACUUGUGUUGUUCGCACUUGUUGUCUGGUUAAUUAUCCGUUUACUGAUGUGAAUUUACUUUUUUUUCUCAAUUGAAUUGUUUACUUUGCUAAUUAUUAUUAUUAUUAUUUUCCGUUUGACAGUUCGAGACUCCACCAUCUUACCAAUUUCCUCUUCUCUUUGAUAAAUUAGGUUAUUUUUUAUCACUGAUUGUACUGUUGAUAAAUCUUCCAUUAUUUACAACGUUACCAAUAUGUUAUACAUAUAUUUUUGCUUUUUUUCAAUUCAAAAUGAAGUAUCCAUUAGAUUAUUUAAUGCUUUGUCUAACCCAUAAAAUUUGUUUGAUCUGGUUAGGGUUUUUCGUGUUGAUGGUAACAUUCAGUUUUGAUAUUCUUAUAGUCUUUGGUGAAUAUUAUAAGCAAUACUGUGAAUUUAAUUUUUCUUGCAAAUGCAUCAUAUUUGGGCAGCUGUAGUGAGCUUCCUGACUUUCACUAGUAGUGAAAACUAGUGGAUUGUCAUGUUUUGUAUAUCCUAAUCAUUAUCAAGUGUUAUUUCUAUGCAGUAACGAGCAUCUGAGUAUGAAGUAUCGUUUACAUUGAAAGCAUUAUAUACUCAUAAUUAAGAGAUUUUUAUGAAAAUAUGAUUGUCAUAUACUUUGGUAUGGCUAGUUUUAUUACAUAGUAAGUCAACCUAUUGUACAGAAAAUUAACGUCUUCUUAAACUCAUUGAGUUGAUAAUGUAUGUGUGAUGAAAUCGGAAACGGUCUUUUUGUUACCCUUGCAAAUUAGUUGCGUAUGAAUAAAUAAAUGUUUAGUUCGAUUCACGCCAUUUUAAGAAUAUUUAUCGAACCUAAUAUAGAGAAAGAACUUUAGUAGCUUAUUAUCAGUGGAAAGAGGCGUUAAGCUAAAUACAAUUAACAGGAGUUCCCGACUGAAUGUGAGGUAUUCCGGCUCACAUCCUUGCAAUUUUUAUUAAUUGUCACUGGUUGUCUGCCAAUUGCAAAAUCAGAGGCAUCAGUUAGCUCGUUUUUAUUGCCAAGUAGCAAACACUGAACUCCCAGUUCAUUCGAACUCCUAUAGGUAUCAAGGUGACUUAGAAGUCUCGAGUUCUGUUUCUAGAAAUAUCUCCCUAUUAUGAUUCGCCAUAUAACUAUCUUUAACGUAU